AUGUUGGCGUCUCGAGCCCCAACAACAUCUGCCAGCAACUGCCACUCGCCCCCCUUCCCUCCCCCCACCAUGUCCCCGCUCCCGUCCCCCGCCCCCCAGCUCCCGCCGUCCCACCGCCACAAACAGAAACAACUUACAAUCGGCAUCGCUGCUGGCGCCGAAGACGCAAAGUACCAUGCGAAAUACAAGGAGCUCAAGCGGAAAGUAAAGGACAUCGAAUCCGACAACGACAAAAUACACUUCAAGGUCCUCCAAGCCAAAGUGAGCAUCCGGCGGAUGAAAAUGGAACGGGCAAUAUUAUACGAGCGUCUAUCCACCGUCCCCGCGUCUCCUCCCGGUGUCGCCGAUCGCCACGCCCUCCCACCGCCCCACCUAGCCAACGCCCAUCCCCACCAUGCUCAUGCUCAUCCCCACGGCCACUCCCAGUCGGCACCACCACCACUCGCUCCCCAUCAGCCUCCGCCUCGCAAUCUGCCUGCAGCCCUCCCCAGCAGCGGCCAUCACCACCGCGAAAUGCGCGAUCACCCAUCUGCAGUGGUGGAUCUGGAUCAGCAUCACCCAAGAGAGGAGCAGCAGCAGCAGCAGCAGCAGCAUGCUCGUACCCCAAGCCAUGCCAAUCGUGGAGGCGGAGGUGUAGGCGGGGGACAGCCAGUGAUGGAGGGAAGGCCGGCCCCGGCGACAGGCAUGGACAGCGCGACAGUGGCGUCGUCGCCCCAUAUGUUGGUGCACUCUCCGAGGCGUGUCUCGUCCGGAGGAGGUCCAGGACAAGACACGACCACCAGUGGUGGCCGCCACCACAACCUGGCGCCACUCGGCCAACUCCCCCCCGUUCAGCACCAGCAACAUUCGUACGAGGGCAGCGCGCGGGGACACGCGAACGCGCAUGCCAGUCCUCCUUUGCAUCACGCCCACCCAAGUUCAUCCCACACGCAUACGCAUUCUCAUUCGCACUCGCAUCACACGCGCGACAGGUCUCACUCGUCAUCUCGCUCGCGCUCGCACCACCAUCACCACCAGGUGGCCCCUCAGCAGACCUCUUACCGCUCCGGAGCCGCACCACCAGCCCACCCGCACCAUCAGUACCCCGAAAGUUUACCGCCUGUCCAGCAGCCUCUGCACAGCCCUCUGCUCUCCGAUCGCGAACGGGAAAGUCACAGGGAAAGGGAAAGGGAGAGAGACAGAGAUAGCAGGUCAAGACGGACCGAGCAUCACGAGUACCCCUCAGCUCCGCCGCCUCCGUCUGUCAUGCAGCAGCACGGCGAUUCGCACUCGGCCCCGGGGUCGGCCCCACUGGGGCCCUAUGACCGCCACCCGAGCCACAGCAGCGCGGCAAGCACCCAACUCUCGCCCCGCCCCUUCGGCGGCAGGAUCCACUCCCACCAACGCCUCGGCCCGGGCACCUACAUCAGCAGAGACGAGUACGGCGACAAGCAGCGCGAGCGCGACCUCGAGCGCGAACGCGAGUGGGAAAGGGAAAGGGAGCGGGCGAGGGAGUACAAUAAUCGGUCGCACCACCAGCACCACCAGCAGUCCCAGCAGCAGCACGGGCCGCCGCCCCCGCACUCGCACUCGCCGCAUUCUGUGCAUAGGUCGCGCAGCGAGUACGAGCACCCGCAGGCGUAUUAUCCUGAUAUGCAUGGCCCGCCGAGUGGGGGACAUUACCCUCCGACGAGGCUGGCGCGUUCGGACACGCCUGGUUCGGGCUCUGCGUCGGGAGAACGCGACGAUUACUACGAACGCGAACGCGAACGCACUGCUCAUACGCGUUCCUCUUCCUCGUACAGGCUUCGCCCAGUUUCCCAGACUCAAAAUAACGCGCCAGGCGAAGAUGCACCUGGGGGCCCAGAUCCUUCUUCUGCGUCGAACACGAACGCGUUCCACGAAGAUGGCAGAUCCCAGACGCGCGUUGAUCGAAGCAGUGCGGCCGCAGGACCGACCUCAGCUGGUCCCGGCUCUGGCUCAGCACCGUCAGCAGGAAACUCAAACGCAAACGCUAAUGCUGCUAAUGUUAGCAGUGGUGCCCGUGCCACCAGUCCACCUGGGGUUGGCGGCGGCGGCAAUUACGCAAUAGCUGAAAGGCCUCCAUUGGAAUCGAGGAAACGCAGCCGGAACGAGAUGGACGUGGAUAGCGAUAAUGACGCAGCAGCAGCGGGCGAUGGAGGUGGAGGGAGAGCAGGCGGCUACGCCUCGGGAAGGCUGCACGAUGAUAGGGGCUCGAAACGCUAUCACCGCGACCACCAACACCACCACCAUACUCGAAGGAGCCUCGAUAACCACGAGGACGCCCGAAUGGGUCCUUCGUGA